CAAUUAGGUUCACAUAAUGUGACGUUGGAAGCUCACAGCGUAUCUACAUGUACAAAUGAGAUGGGGUAACUAACCUCUGUACAGUAGCUAGCCAGGCAAAUAGCUACCCGAUCAUUACUAUGUUAACUUCACUUUUAAGUGAAGCCGUUGGGGCUUUGCGGGACAAAGUGUUUGUGUCCCUUUCGAGGAUCCGUAGAAGAUUUGUUGUGGUUUUGUUGUAUCCGGAAAACGAUUUCAAGUUAGCUCGGUGGCUAUAUUUAAUAAGCCUUAUGUAUACGUGUCAUAAUAGCUUAUUCAGGUUGUCUGUGUAAAUCUCAGUGAAUAUAAAUAAUGCGAUUUCACUCGUAACGGGUCUCUGAAGCUGGCUACUUGCUGGUGGUGUUACCUUUAUAUGAUGGUGUAACGUCGGUCAGCUAACCUAGUAGCUCAGUAACAAGGACCAGCAUGAAACCUAUGAUAAUGAGGCUGUGUGUUCUCCAUGGACCUUGUGGAUCAUGUCUCUGAUCCUGUUUGCCUUUGUGGUCCGGGUGAGGGAUGGACUGCCCCUGUCGGCCUCCACAGACUUUGAACACAACCGCGAGCUUCAGGAGAGAAAGCAGCAGCUCAGGACCAUCAGCAAGGCAUUGGCCCGUUUCCCUGACAGAGGGACCAUCAAGGGCCGGGAGCUCAACAUCUACUUCGUCUCUUCAGAGGGUGUAUCCUACAUGACCGUGUGCCACUGCAGCCUCCCUGUUGCUAAGGCCUUCUGCUUCCUGGAAGAUCUGCACUGGGAGUUCACAGCAUGCUUCAAUAGCACUGUUGUUGCCUUGGCAGCCAGGCCAUAUCCGUUUUUGGAAUUUGACGGCACCAUUCAGAAGUUGAAGCAGCAUUACAACCAGAGCGGUGGUCCGACCCUGGAAGUAACAUUGGCAGAGGUCCAGGGGGAUCUCAGGGUCCAUCCACCACAAGUAAUUAACUUGGAGGAAGUGGAGCUCACCAACGGCACUGCAAAUGGGCACAUAGAGCAAGGUCCUGGAUCUGGUCAGAAUGGAAGACUCCAACCAGUGACAGCAGCAGGCAUCCUCUCGCUGGUCCUAAAUAUCAUGUGUGCAUCUUUGAACAUAAUCCGUGGUGUUCACCUCAUAGAGUACACGUUCCAGGAUGAUUAUGAAGGCAAAUGGAAUGUUGUGGCAUUUCUUCUGGCGUUUGUCUGCUGCCUGUUGCAGUGCCACCUCUACCUGUUCCAUUCUUCUCUGAAGAAGCUCAAGUCCUUCACUCUGUUGAUUGUGAUUGUCCUAUGCAACCUCUACCUGCUCGGCCUGAGGAACCCCUGGCAGCUGAUCUUCCACAUGUCAGUCGCCUCCCUCUCCACCCUCCUCAUCCUCACCCGCAAACUCCAAGACAGAACCAAUGACUGCGGGGUCUGAGGAGCAGAGGACACUUUACUCCGUUGCACUACUCACAGCUCUUACAGUGCAGGUGAGAAAGACAGGCAAGCCAAUGGCUUGAUCCACAUGAGUUAUGAAGAUGCUGUUUGGCUUUUUUUAAACAAAAAACAUGUUCGCAAAUUUGUGUGAUUCACGGAAAAGGAUAAUUCAGUUGAUAUUUUCUUGAAUACAGUAUGUACAUGCACUUUGUGUACAUUUUUUUCCAAGACUGUAAAAAGCAAACAGUAAAACGCAAUUCUCUGUGGAAACAGAUACGGACUUAAAAUGAAAGGAGAUGUCUGUUUUAGAAACAGAAUGUUUGUGUCAUCCUGUCCACUUUUUAAGGAAAAGGUAGGAUAUUUUUUCAGUUAGAAUUGGUGUGUUUCAUGUAGAAACAAUAAUUUAAUCACAGCCCUAACUCUUGAAGCUGGUCAUGCUUUUUAAAAUAAAUGCAUGCUCAAUUUCAGCUAAGUAUUAUUUCUGCUAUUGAUUAUCUGCAUUGAUUAUCUUUACGUAAUUCGUUUAUCAAUGGUAGGUGACAGUUGAUGAUUGUAACAUACAUUAGAUUUAAUUGUUACACGUAAUAGGCACACAACACACAGUUGGAUCAAACUCCAUUAUUAAGCUUUGCUACUUAUAUGAUUUCGUAUUUAAUUUAAGAUCAGUGACAGCCAAGUAAAGCGGACAAUGCAGCUAUUUUUAUUUGGUUUGCAUGAGUUGCUCAUUAGGUGAAAGUAAGAACAUAAUGCAAAGGUGGAAAUGUAAAGCUUUGGGUUGUUUCAUGCCUUACUGUGUGACAAUUGUUUUUAGUUUGUUGAAUUGUGUUGACUUAUGUACAAAUACACCGGCAAGUGCUCAGCUAGUCAUUGCAAAGUUUCAAACGUAAGGGCUCCUUUAUUUAAGGACUUAAUGGAAACUACAUUAAAUACUGAGGGAAUAUUAGUCUUACAGUCACGUAAGGCAUGAUAAAAGGAGAAUUUAACACAUUUACUCCAUUUCAAACCCAUUUUUGUAUUACAAAUGUAGACCUUUUAGUUUGUCUGUUUUUUUUCUAUUGAUCUCUGCAUUGUCAAAAUGUAAACUGUGGGUAAGAAUAUGAAAGCACUAAUUCGAUGGGUAAAAUACUAUUUAUUUUUUUUUUUUUGACUGCACUAUUAGGCUUAGACAUUUUUGUUUUGGGGAUGGCAAUUGUUCUUGAAUUGGUUGCAUAUUGGGUUCUGCUAUUUAUUUACUGAUUUUAUGUUUACUUGGUUUAGUUUUUUAUCUUCUUUCAGGAUUCAUACAUCGUACCUGUAGUGCUCAGAUUGUUAUGAACAUAGAAAUCAUACGGUAAUAACAUUUUUAUAGUAUUUUGUGGAUUUAGCUUCUAAGACAUUCCUUUGUAAUAGCUAAACAGUUGCACUAAUGUCUGUUAAGCGAGGGAGUACAUUAUUUGUUCAUAGUGUUUGUCAGACAAGUAAUAGUUGUGGCAUUGUGUCCUUUUUAUUUGACUAUUUAAUCAGGAAUAGGAGAGUCAUUUUACAGGAAAGCGGUUGCAUCUCAUCAGACAAUCCAAACGUCUCUCACAAUAAUGUACAACAAUGUCACUUUUAGCUUGUAGUUUACAACAAGUGAGGAAACUCAAAAGUUUUCCCUGGAAACAUAAAAUGUAGUGUAGCUGUAGAUAUCAUAAUGGGCCUCUUAAUACAUUUUGUAUUUGUUCUCAAGUAGAUUGAGCUGGUAUUUUUGACUGGCUCAGUUCAACCAAACUCUGCAGGACGUUGGUGAUGUAUUUGAUACAAAGGAGGUUUCACUGACUCACCAUUUCCACCGUAGCCGACAAGUUGUUGACCAAAUGAAUUGUAAAAUAAUGUUGCCGCCAAUGUUCUAAAGAUGCAGAACCAAAUAUUGUGGGGGAUAUUUAAACACUUGAAAUGGAAUGAAGGAUCAUUUAGUUGAUUAUGGUGGUUUAUAACAUUUAAUAUAAAUACACUGUAGAGUGAAUAUGUUGCAGCCUUCUCUUAUUAUGUUUUUUUAAUUUUUUUUUAUCAAUAUCUGAAGUCUUAAGUCUGAUCUGAAUACAGGAAACGGUUUAAAAAUCAUUCAGGUUUGGAAUUGGACGUUUUCUUUAUCUUGUCAGCAGAAUGGCGUUCUUUGUAAUCGGGGUCUCAUGAAGUUGAUUCAGUGUUUUUUGUGUGUGCGACCUGUUUGUAAUAAUCGGUAGUGACGUAACUAUGUCAUUCAUUGUAACUGCCAAAUACACUGGUGUUCACAGGGCUUUAUUAUUUCCUGCUGUGGUAAAACUGACAUUUUGUUAAUAAAUAGUGUAUUUUUUU